CAGCUCACAUCCUUUACUAGAAAACCAACACAAUGGCUACCCCGCAAGACUUGAAAAUCGCUAUCCUCGGCGCAGGAAUGGGCGGGUUGACGACCGCUCUGGCUCUCGCUGAAAAGGGAUUCAAGUAUAUCGAUGUCUACGAAACGGCGUCGGAUUUGGGCUUCGUGGGCGCUGGCAUCCAACUGGCGCCGAAUAUGGCUCGGGUGCUGGAUCGUCUGGGGGUGUGGCAGGGGAUUGAAGCGGAGGCUGUGAAUAUUGAGGAAACUAGUGUGAGAGUCGGCGCUACCAAUGGUGAACUCGCACACGUUGAUCUGAAAUACAUUGAAAAAACCUACGGAUACAAACACAUGGUUGGCCAUCGCGCCUCACUCGCCGGAAACCUAUACCAGGGCUGUCUCCGCCAUCCGGACGCCAUCAAGUUCCACUUCUCCACAACCGUGAGCAAAGUGCAGACCUUCUCCCCGCGACCUACCUUCACCGUGACUCCACGCGAUGCAUCCCAACCGGCGCACGACGUCACCGCAGACGUGCUCUUCGGCGCGGACGGCAUCAAGUCCAUCACGCGCGCAGCGAUGCUGGACGAACUCGCAGCGGACGCGGACCCCACGACGGCAGCCACGGCAGCGGUCGCAGUCAAGGACACCCAGCAAGCGGCCUACCGCAUCAUGAUCCACCAGGACCAAGUCAAGCACGACGCGGAGCUCCGCGCCCUCCUCGCCAGCAACCAGGUGAUCCGCUGGAUCGGCCACAAGCGCCAUAUCAUCGCGUACCCGGUGUCCCAGCACACCCUGUACAAUCUGUCGACGACGCAGCCGGACUCGAAUUUCGCGGCGGCCACCAACGCCACGUACACGACGCGCGGGUCCAAAGCGGCCAUGCGGGAAGUCUUCGCCGACUUCUGCCCGCUCGUGCAGCGCCUGCUGAGCUACGUGCCGGAGGGCGACGUCUGCGAGUGGAAACUGCGCGUGCACGAGCCGCUCCCGACCUGGGUGCUGGGGUCCGUCGCGUUGCUUGGGGAUGCGUGCCAUCCGACCCUGCCGCAUUUGGCCCAGGGCGCGGCGCAGGCCGUGGAAGACGGCGCCGUGAUUGCGGUGGUGUUGGCCAGGCUGCCGAAUACGGAGCCCGCCAGUGUUCACCGCGCCCUGAAGGCUUAUGAGCAGGUGCGCAAGACCCGCGCCUAUGCGCUCGUGGAGAUGGCCGCGGCCAGUGGGAGGGCCUUGCAUCUGGGCGACGGCGCCGCGAAGGCCGAGCGCGAUAAGCAGUUUGCCGCCCUGAGGCAGGGGCAGGGUCCUGUGCCGGAUAAGUGGGCGGAUGCGGAGGUGCAGAGGGAGAUUUAUGGCUUUGAUUGUAUACAGGAGGCGGAGGAGAGAUUUGAUGAGUAUUUUGCGUAGUUUUAUAUAUAUAGCGACUCAGGUCGGGUCCCAUUGGGCAUGAGAAUGAAUUAUGAUGAUGACUGUAUAUAAAUAUGAACAUACUUCAUCCCUCAGAAGCAAAGGCAC